UUUAACAUAAGUAUUCUCUCCAUAUCUGUCUUUGUUCACUUCUUUCAAAUCACAGAAACAUUUUUUUAACGGCAAAUUUGGAUCACUGACGAACUACUGGUGUAUCAUCGUGCUACUAGCGGAACUACCCGAUUAUAUCCAUCUCCACUAGGCUAUAAUGCCUAUACACUAAUAAUUCAUGAGGAAACCCAAUAAAUAAAUCUGGAAAAGGUAUAUAAGGGCUUGAACCAACACAAUGGCCCAUAAUUUCAGAGAAAAGACUGGUUUCAACGGUGGGAUUCCAAUAGAUGAAGAUUUUUUUGCUCAAAAUAUUUCCGGAAUGCUUGAUGACGACAUUGCAGCUGUUCUUUUCCCUAAUGAUAUCGAAAGAGGUUUAAAAUUAUGUGAAGAAAAAAAAGAACGUUUUAGGAAGUUAGUGAAAGAAAAAGCUAUGCCCAUAAAGGGUCUAUACAAAUUAACUAAAUGGGUUGAAGAUCAUGGGCUGAAACGGGCCGCUGUUACUAAUUCCCCUAGGCCCAAUGCUGAGCUCAUGAUCUCAACUCUUGGCCUAACUGAUUUCUUCAAUCAUAAUAUUAUCAUUGGUGAUGAGUGUGAGCAUGCUAAACCGGCACCAAAUCCUUACCUAAACGCUCUUAAACUUCUCAAUGUUUCUAAAGACCAUACUUUCAUUUGUGAGGAUUCAGUUUCGGGGAUAAAGGCGGGCGUGGCAGCUGGAAUGCCGGUUAUUGGAUUAACGACUAGAAAUCCCAAACACAUGCUCAUGAAAGCAAAUCCUACACUUCUCAUUGAAAAUUAUGAAGACCCAAAACUAUGGGAAGUCUUAGGAGAGCUUAAUAAAAGGGAGAAUGAAGCUUGAUACAAUGAUUAUAUUGAAGACAGCUUUGCCACUUCCUUCCAUCUAUGUGCUAUCUGUAUAAUAUUGGUCCAUGGUACUUAAAGAGUUCAACAUUGGAAAUUGCGUGUACUUAAAACUCCAACAUUAUAACUCUUCCAGAUCUGGAAGGUGAUUUAGGCGGUGAAUUAGCAGAAGGAAAAGGCGGAGGAAGAGAAAAGAGCUAAGGUAGCAUUCAAGUUGACGCCGUUACCGUUCAUCCACUAUUCAUGGUUGUGUUUGAAGUUAAUAGAUAGAGUAAUUAUACUUAUAAUAUGAUCUUUUCAAUUUCAACUAGACUUACACUUACACUUACCCUUUAUACUAUAACACUUUUGCUCUUGUUUUUUC